AUGCAAUCCAUCUGGUUUCGGACCGCGCAGACCCGGCGCAGCUGCCGUUGUCCCUCAUGCGUAUCAAUAUCGAACAACCUAGCCGUCGCACGGCGAUCAACAACGUUCCCGAUACGAAAACUACUAUGGCCGUCGCCAUCAUCGACUUUCCUGUACUCUACCAUUCUCGCCGCCGCGGCCGUUGCAGAUGCAAAAGUGAAGGAUGAUCGGCGGACUCAAUGGGACAAGGCCAUAGCGACGGCCAAGGAAGAGCUGGAAGAAUCUAAGAAUGCGCUGCGGCGCGCUCUUGAUACGAAGGGUAUGAGCGAGAUUGAGGUAGAGAAUCGGCAUUGGACGGGAGUUUUUACCGAUCAGUAUUUAAAGAGGGUGGCGGAUGUCGGAGUGGGCGAUUCCGCUUGGGCAAUGAAUGCCGUUACCCAAACUCAACAUACGGAGGGAUAUUCAGAAUCACAGAGUGCAGAAUCGCCAGAGGAUAAGGAAUGGGAAACCGUACACGCUACAUUGGAUGUCGGAACGCCCCGCGAAGAAUGGCCAGCGAAUUUUGGGCCUGAAUUGGACGCCGACAAUCUGCCUCCGCAGUCGCUGUGGGCUAGUGGUAAGAUAAAGCAAAAGGCGCUGGACAGGAGGUGGACGCCAAAGAAGAUGCGAAUGUCGGAUGCAUCCGUCGUCUCCCUCGUCAGCAGAUUCAUGCUCGCCGCAGGGCUCCACUCCCAGACCCCGGCGGCACUCGAAUCCCUACCAGAAGCCAUCGGACCCUUUGCAUGUCUGGAGAAAGAGGAUCUAGAGUCUGCUAUACAAGAGGCGCUCGUUACCAUCGAAGAUAUCCGCGGAUCUCAUUUCUGGCAAGAGGGCGACAACCUUUCCACUCUUGUGCCAUAUCCCUAUUAUCAGCACGAUCAGCACGGCACGUACCGAGCCAUCGGCCGCAGCAGAGAUGACUCCAUAUACACCCUCUUCGAUGAGCACUUCUCCAGCCCGCAAGAGUUUCCCCUCCCCAGCCUCCUCGCCAGCAUAAGCCACAACCUCCUCACCUCGACCGCAGCACCCGACUGCCGCACCUACAACAUCCUUCUGACAGGCCUCUCCCGAUUGAAAGCAGACGAUCUCUUCGAUGACACCGUCGAGUCUCUCUACGUAACCAAAAUCCGACCAAACGAAACAACCUGCGCCACUAUCCUAACAAACUACACGCGCCGCGGCCUCGCGGAUAAGUUCGUCGACUUCGUGGGCCGCAUGAGAGGUACGCACUCUGGGGGUCUCAUGCUCGCUCGACCUGACAUCGAUAUUGACGAAGUCAAUAAGACGAGGUUAAGAAUCCAUCCGCGACGCCCGGAGAAGAUCAUCCAGAAGGUGCAUCCGACGCCCAAAGUCUUCUCAGCGCUCGUCGGGGGGCUGCUGAAGUUUGAAGGCUUCGAGCGGGCGUUGCAGACCUGCGUGGUCAUGAAGAAAGAUGGAUGGGGCCUAGAUGAAAAGGGGUGGACAAGUUUUCUGCGGGACUGUGUGGGGAGGAAGAAUUGGAACGCGGGGCUGGGUAUCUGGGAGGUCAUGCAGACAUUGGGUAUUCAGGGGAAGAAGAGCUUGGAUCAGAGAUCUUAUGCGACGAUGUUGGCGCUUUGCGCUGUUUGUGGGAAGCAGGGUGUGUUUGAAAAUGUCUUUGGGGAGGCAAUCGCGGCAGGAUGGAGGCAGAAAGAGCUGCUGGCUACGGCGAGCGGCGUGAGACGUAGAACCGAGGAGGAGGCAGAAGCUAAGAGAGAGGAGGACGAGGUGCGGAGGGCUCCAGUACAAACGUCAUUCACCCUGUCUGCCAAGGCCCCUACUGGAGAGAGUUCUGUAUUUGGGGAGGUAUAUUUGGAAGAUGCGUCAGUAGCCGCCGAGCAGCCCACGGAUAGUUUCGUGGUAGAAGCACCAGGAACAGCGCAGAAGAUCGCGCCGGAAGAGGUAUCGUUGUCGCAGCGCAGUGUGGUUAAGUCAGAGGACGGCGUCACACUAGCGUACGAAGAGUUAGGAGAUCAUCAAGAAGAUCUCGCAAAGCAGGCCAACCUGGCUUCGAGCAACGACCAGCUUCCCACGAUCAACAGCACUGAGACCGCGCCGGUCUUAGACAACACCACUGCCGAGCGCCAGGCCGAGCCAUCGCACUCAGCUGCUACUUCUGACAACCGAACCACAUCGACGGCAGCCCCGGCUACAAGCAGCAGGUCCCUGGAUGGAGAUCAUCAGCAACACGGGGCAAAAACCGCGGCGGCCUCUGUGGCGACGCCUCCUACACGGUAUAUGCCCUGGAAACCACGCUAUACGCGAUCACGGGCGAGAUACCCCAGCGACGAUGCAGAACGGAUGCAGUCGGCGAUUGCGACGGGCUAA